AUGCAUUCAACAUUCCUACUAUCAUUCCAAUCAUUAUCUUCACUAGAUUUUCUUUGCAUCCGAGAAGCCAAAGCAAGGAGGGAUAUGCUUCCUCUUAGCUUCAUUAUCUUGUAUUGCCUGCUUCACACUUUGCUCUCCUCCAUUAAUGGGGCAACCAACAUCUUGAAUGUUACUCUCCCUCACCAGCUGCCUAACCCCGAAGCCGUGGUUGAAGAUGUAAAAAGGAGAGUGAAUGAAUCAAUCUGGAGAAGUCGAAGGGCCUUGUCAUCAUCAUCAUCAUCAUCACCCAACUCUCAGUCCCAAUCCCAAUGCCUGACCGGAAACCCCAUCGACGACUGCUGGCGGUGUGACACCAACUGGGCCGCUGACCGAACCCGCCUCGCUGACUGUGCCGUUGGCUUUGGCCGGUCGGCCGGUGGCGGCAAGAGUGGCCGCAUCUAUGUCAUCACAGACUCCUCCGACCAUGACACGGUGGACCCCACUCCCGGUACCCUCCGCCAUGCUGUCAUCCAAGACGAGCCCCUGUGGAUCGUGUUCAAAUCCGACAUGACCAUCAAGCUAAAACACGAGCUCAUUAUGAAUAGCUACAAGACGAUUGACGGGCGUGGGGCUUAUGUCCAGAUCACGGGCAAUGGCUGCAUCACUUUGCAGUACGUGAGCAAUGUCAUAAUCCAUAAUGUCCGAGUGUACGAUUGCCGGCCGUCGGGCAAUACCAACAUACGGUCGAGCCCAACUCAUGUCGGCUACAGGGGAAAAUCCGAUGGUGACGGUAUAUCGAUAUUCGGGUCAAAGGAUAUAUGGAUUGAUCACUGUUCUUUGUCUAGCUGCACAGAUGGUUUGGUAGAUAUGAUCAUGGGAUCUACUGGUAUUACCGUGUCGAAUACCUUUUUCUCUCAUCAUAACGAGGUUAUGCUUCUGGGGCACGAUGAUAAGUACUUGCCCGAUUCGGGAAUGCAGGUGACAUUGGCUUUUAAUCGUUUUGGGGAGGGCUUGGUGCAGAGGAUGCCGAGAGUGAGGAGGGGGUAUGUGCAUGUGGUGAACAAUGAUUUCUACGAGUGGAAAAUGUAUGCGAUUGGAGGAAGUGCGAGCCCGACUGUUUAUAGCGUGGGCAACCGUUAUACGGCGCCUGCUGAUCCUAGUGCUAAGGAGGUGACGAGACGUGAGGACACGAGCGAAGGGGAGUGGUCAGACUGGAACUGGAGGACAGAGGGGGAUAUAAUGGUAAAUGGUGCGUUUUUCGUGCCAUCGGGCCAAGGGGCCAGUCGGGAGUCUACCGACUCCUCAAGCUUCGAGCCCAAGUCGGCUACCCUCAUCGAUCAGCUCACCAUGAAUGUCGGGGUUCUUGGUGGCCCAAGGGACAAAAAUGGUGGCUCAUAUGGCGAAGGCGGAGGGACGUCCACACCAAGUGGCGGCAAUGACAGUGGAAGCAGCGGUGGUGGUGGUGGUGGUGACGACUAUUUUGGAAUGAUAUUUGGGAGCGGUGCUCCUAAAAUACCGUUAUUACCUCCAAACAUUAUGAUUUUGUUUGCCCUAACUGUUAUGAUUUUGUGUAUCACCACCAACAAUGGUGAUUUACAAUGA